AUGUUGCCUGUAACGGAGUAUUUUAUGUUGCCCUUACCUGUCAACAAUUGGAGCAUCAUUGGUUACACCAUUGGAUCAGUGUUGUUUUGCCUGUCGUGCGUCCUCUACUGGCAUCAGCGAAAUAUUGCCGCGACCAGAAAGAAAUUGGAGACACCUCGAAUAAGGUUUCCGAGACCAGACCUACCUCCUGUAUUCCCGAACGGCUGGAUCCCAGUUCUCGAAUCAGAGGCUCUCGGAAUUGAAGCGGUGAAGCGCUUGGAUGUCCUUGGUUUAGAACUGGUUGCGUUUCGCACCAAGGACGGCGUGGCCCACGUGACGGACGCUCACUGUCCCCAUCUCGGAGCACAUUUGGGAGUCUUGGGAAGAGUGGUCGGCGACUGUAUCGAAUGCCCUUUCCACGGUUGGAGAUUCAAUGGUGACGGGGCUUGCGUACACGUGCCAUACGACGCCAAAGUUCCAGAAUUCGCUCAUAUCAAGAAGUGGGAAACGGACGAAGUGAUGGGACUUCUGUGUGUGUGGUACCACGCCGAAGGCGAAAAGCCGUCGUGGAAAAUUGAAGAUGUGCCUGAGAUCAGCAGCGGAGGCUGGAAACUGUUCAAGCGCUACGAAGAGACCGUCACAGGUCACAUUCGAGACCUCGCUGAAAACGGAUCGGACAUGGUGCACUUUAAGUAUUUCCAUGGACCAAACUUCUUUGUAACUGCAGAAGAGUUCUCGCAGAAUGGCGGGGUUACCACUUGGGGGCGUUUUCUGACGCACAUCUGGAAGGCCAAUUGGCACACGGAGGCUCACAAAUGCGUCGUGGACAUGGACGCGGACAUAAAAGUGUUUGGGAAGACCCCAAGUUUUCUCUACAACCGCUCGUACCUCAAACUCCAGGGACCAGCGCUGCUGGUUGUCCGCACCGAUUGCAAGUUUGGAAAGCAGAUCACAGUUACUUCAAUCACUCCGGAAGGGCCGCUUCAAAUACGGCUUAUUCAUAGGAUGCACUGCGAUCAGAGCACUUCAUUCCUUUUUCGUCUGGUGAGCAGCAGAGCUUAUCAGCUUUCGUUCCAGAGAGACAUGCUCGUGUGGAACAACAAGACCAUCUGGAAGAAUCCACCCCUGCAGAAAGAAGACCGAACCAUAGCCGACUUCCGAAGGUGGUACCAGCAGUUUUACACCAAGAACAGCCCUACGUGGCAAGACGUCAGAGAUCGCUCCCUGCAGUGGUGA